AAGAGCGGAGCCUCCGCCCGGGGGACCCCUAUCCCUGCCUGUCUCCCACAACUGCGCGUCCCCACCCCACCCCACCCCCGCGGCCGAGCCACCGCAGGUGUGGCGGUCUCCGCUCGGCAGAAGAGCCUUGAACGGUCACCCGACCCUCCUCCACAGCCUCUUUGCAUCUCGGAUUUCGGGGCGGUCCCCUCCCCCACCUCUCCCUGUCCCUUUGCACCCCGAUUUUUUAUGCGCUUCUCUCGGGUUUUGCAGCCGUCUAUUUUUGCAUCCCUUUUCGUUUUGCUUCUGGGAGGUUUGGGGAGUGAAGCUGCGUUCGCACCCCUUCCCCUUUUUAUCCUCCCCUGCUCGGACAACCCCCCUUUUCAUUGCAGUGGGGGGGGCCUAGGUUCUGUGCAUCCUACGCCGCGCCGCCAGUACCCCGCAACGUGUGGCCCUGCGCCCCGGAAUUUGCAGCAGCUGCAUAUCUGAGGGAGGGGUCUCCCUCGCCCCCGCUGCCUUUGCUUCCCGCGCGUUCUGGUGCGUGAGUGUGCUUCACGCGCCGCACCCCGGCUUCUCCGUAGCCCCCGCCCCGCGCGGGACUCGCCCCCCGCCGUCAAGAUGGUCAUUCAGAAAGAGAAGAAGAGCUGCGGGCAGGUGGUUGAGGAGUGGAAGGAGUUCGUGUGGAACCCGAGGACGCACCAGUUCAUGGGCCGCACCGGAACCAGCUGGGCCUUUAUCCUCCUCUUCUACCUCGUCUUCUAUGGCUUCCUCACCGCCAUGUUCACCCUCACCAUGUGGGUGAUGCUGCAGACGGUCUCUGAUCAUACUCCCAAGUACCAGGACCGACUGGCCACACCGGGCUUGAUGAUUCGCCCUAAGACUGAGAACCUAGAUGUCAUUGUCAAUGUCAGUGACACUGAAAGCUGGAACCAGCAUGUUCAGAAGCUCAACAAAUUCCUGGAGCCUUACAAUGACUCCAUCCAAGCCCAAAAGAAUGAUGUCUGCCUCCCUGGGCGCUAUUACGAACAACCAGAUAACGGAGUUCUCAACUACCCGAAACGUGCCUGCCAGUUCAACCGGACCCAGCUGGGCGACUGCUCUGGCAUUGGGGACCCCACCCACUAUGGUUACAGCACAGGACAGCCCUGUGUCUUCAUCAAGAUGAACCGGGUCAUCAACUUCUAUGCAGGAGCAAACCAGAGCAUGAAUGUUACCUGUGUGGGGAAGCGAGAUGAAGAUGCUGAGAAUCUCGGCAACUUCGUCAUGUUCCCUGCUAACGGCAGCAUCGACCUCAUGUACUUCCCCUACUACGGCAAGAAGUUCCACGUGAACUACACGCAGCCCCUGGUGGCCGUGAAGUUCCUGAAUGUGACCCCCAACGUGGAGGUGAACGUGGAGUGCCGCAUCAACGCCGCCAACAUCGCCACUGACGACGAGCGCGACAAGUUUGCUGGGCGCGUGGCCUUCAAACUCCGCAUCAACAAAACCUGAGGCCCCUUCCUCCCGCCCCCACCUCUUUCCUACGGAUGCUUCUGGAAUAUCCCUGACCCUGCCUGAUCCCUCCCUCACCCACCCCAAAGCUUCCACAUCCCACCCACAGAUGGACUCUCCCCUGUUUUUCUCUCGCUGGAUCUGAGUCUCUUCCCUUUGGGUCCCCAUGUCUUCCUGCACUCCCCUCACCCCACUGGUCUCUCUCUGCAGUUAUUUAAUGCCUGUGUCAGAUCUACUGUAAAAAGAGGAUAAAGUACAAUAAAAUGAGAGCAAUUAUAUAUAUAAAUAUAUAUCAUA